CAACUUAUAAUUAGGGAUUUAGGGUCAUAGGACUUCAAAAAAAAGUCCAAAAAAAUUGGGUUAUAAGAUCCACCGAAGUGGGUAGCCUUAACCGGAUGUGUAUGUUUACAGGAAAGCCCGAAGGCCACUCCCGUCCCUGUCAGGGGAGAUGCCAACCAUCUCUCCUUUCUACGAACACAAUCUAUUUUAAUCCUACCUAUUCAAUAUAAACUCAUAUUCUAUCUUGUAAUCUUUCGAUGUGGUACAAAACAUCUGUUUUCUUAAAUAAAAAAAAAAACCAUCACUCUCCUUUCAACAAAAUCUUAGCCCACCAAGUGUUCGACGAAAUUCCCCAACCCACCAAAUUAACCAGAGAAAAACCCUUCAAAAAUCAGAGAUGGGUAAACGAGGUAAAGGGAGAGAAAAUGGCGCAUCUUCUUCAUCUGGGUUUCACACAUCUCUCACUCUUCGAGAAGAAGCUAGUGGAAAGAAACAAUCCCACAAUUCUAAAGCAAUCCUCAAACACAAACAUUUACAGAGUUUGGCUCAAUGGGCUGCUGGGUUAGGGCAAGGGAAUGGUAAAGAUGAACCUUCAGUUGGUUGUUUGGGUGCAUUUUUUGGUCGUCGAUUUGCUGAGUUUGGGGAGUCCUUGGGAAUUGCCCCUGACCCUUCUUUCUUUUCUUGUCAAAGAUGUGAGACGAUUCUCCAACCUGGCUCCAAUUGCACGAUUCGAAUUGAAAAAAAUCGAGCCAAGAGUCAGAGGAGAAGCAAAACUAAGACACCCACACAGAAUAACGUUGUUUACACAUGCCACUUCUGCUUGCACCGGAAUCUAAAGCGAGGAACCCCAAAAGGACAUAUGAAAGAUCUAACCCCUUCAAAGCCCAGAUCUUCAAAGCCUAAAUCUGUAAUCUCUGCAAAGAAAAGUAAAACUAAUAUUAGCAAUGUCAAAAUUGGCAAGGCAGAGAUUAGCAAGGUCAUAACUGCCAAGGUAAACGAGGAGAAUUUAAACAAGGUCAUAACUGACAAGGGGGACAAGGAGAAUUUUAGCAAGGUCAUAACUGACCAGGCAACUGAAGCACCUGCACCCGCAAUAAGCAAUGUUUGUUCUUUUCUUACAGAUGCUCCAACAAGUUCAUUGGCCGAGAGUGGUGCAAAAUUAUUGGAUAGUAAGAGGAGGAAAAGGAAAAAACCAGGGCUGAAGAGAUCAACAGAGGAGACUAUGGUUGGUUCAGCCCCAGCAGAGAUAGAAAAGGGUAGCGGCGCCUUGAAGAAAAGGAAGAAGUCCUGGACUACUCUGAAAGAUAUUGCAGAGAGUGAGAAGCAUGACAGGAAUCAGAGGUUUACUAAUUUUUCAAUUCCCUUCAACUUGUAAUCGUGAUUAUGAAUCACUGGAUUUAACAAUGAGCUCCUAUAAGUUUCAAGAGAAGGGAAAUAUAAUUUUGAUGCUGCUUUGAGCGAUAAGAUUAGCUGAUAAACUCAAUUAUGAAAUCUUCAGCACAAAUUAUCUUGUCCGCUUGAAUAGCUUAAUGAUACCAACGUGCCUUAUACCAAUUAGAAGUAAUACUGUUGUAGAUUCGUCUUGAUUUGUAGUUUCAAAACACUCAUUAAUUUUCAUAGUUCGAUUAUAUGCAUUGUAAAUUAAUGCUUAUAAAUGUAAGUAGAAAACCGUAACAGGCCAAAUGGGAUAAACAUUAUAAAAUGGAAUGACUCGAGGGUAAGUUACGAAAGUACCUUAAACAAGAUAUGUCUUACUUUUUAAUUAGCAAAAUUAUUACAGACUUACAGAGUACCUAUAAUAUCUUGCAUGAAAAGAGAUUUGUUGGUACAAUGUAAAACUUGUGUAUGUAUCUC